UCCUUAAACUAUUUUACUUUUAGGGCAGCUAGGGCGCACAGAAAUGGAGGACGCGGAGGAGCUCGACGGAUUCAAGGACUUCACUGUGUCGUCGUCGUGGGAGAGAUUCAUCGCAGCUGUGGAGUCGGCGUGCCUGGAGUGGCAGAACGCUGGAAAGAAUGCAUUGCUGGAUGCUGGAGCUAAACGUGUGGAGGAUCUUCUGGAUUUAUACUCUGUGCACACGGAAGUUUCACAGGGACAGAAAAACUAUCGCCUCGAGUUCUUCUUCGGUGAAAGAAGUAGUAGACAUGGAGCGGAAGACUGGCAAGAGGGCUUACAUCAUUUGCAGCUCUGGUUUGGAGUGCACGAUUUUGUGCUGAUCGCGCCGGUCAGUUUGAGUGGCGUUCUUCUUGAUGCUCCGGAGGCAACCAUGCUGCUGAGCACAGUCUCGAUUGCAUUAUCAAACUGUGGAAGCUCGUGGCCUGUUUUUGUACCUGUGCACGAUCCAACCCGGAAAGCGUACAUGGGAAUCGAAAGCUUGGAAGGCCUCUCGUCGAUAAAAUUUGAAGCUGACAGGAUUGGGAGACAGGUACCAAUAAAGCUAAUGCACCUGGAGGGACUGUACGACUUGUUCAUGUCCAAACUGGGUGCUGCAGAAGACGUACCGAGGCUGGGAUUCACCAUGAGACUAACAUAUGCAACUUCGCAUUAUUUAUUCGAACACGGGCUACUCGCAGGAGAACAAGGAGACGGCCAAGACAGUGAAAUGGUCGACACAUCCCUGUGGGAUGAUAACUUUCAGUGGGCCGAGUGGCACUCCGUGGAAGAUCCUAUAAAAGGUUUCGAGCUGAUUGCUGUUUGGAGAAGCAGGUAUGUGUCGAACUCUUUCGAGAUGGCGGAGUUUGAGAAUGCUUCUACAUUCGAUGCAGACCGCUGGAUGCUAAGACCGCUUCUUACUCGACACGAGAAUGGAGAUGAAGCAUCUGGUUUCACUGGGAGAUUGAGACGACUAGUUCAGGCAUUUGUUUUCUCGAAAGAAACGGAAUUUAUGGAAGAUUUUGUAAAUGUGACUAAGCCUGAGCUAGAAAAGAAUAUACAGUCUUGCAAGGUACCUCCGACUACUGUUCUAGAUCGAAUUUUGAAAGACAUAUUUUUCCAAGCGCCUAAGGCUUUUGGAUACGCCAAUGAAAGUGCUCGUAUGAUCAAAGCAGCACCACCGGAUUCGCUGUUUGGUCGUUUUUGUCUACAUGUGUUAUGGUUUGGCGAUUGCAACAUCCGAGCUAUUGCUCAACUCUGGAUUGAGUUUUUACGAGAAGUGAAUUGGUGUUGGGAGGAGCGGCAACUGUUGCCAAGAACUUUAGCUGACGAAACUCCGGAUUUCUCGACGUGCUUAAGCCAACAGAAGCUGCAGAUGCUCGCAACGUGUAUCAAACUAAGAAAAGCUUCUGAUGGCGCUAAGGGAGAAACAUCAGCUAGAAAGGAGACGGGAAGUAAUGAUGCAGAGCUAUCCUCGAGCUCAAAAAAGACCAAGUUAUCCAGCGUAGAUGACAACCUGAAUAUAGACUUGUUCUUUAAUAACGAACACAGGAAAGGCUCAGCGGGACCGUUUGGCAAUUUAGUUUUGUCAAGCUCGAAUAAGCCUCUCCAUGUGCCUAUGACACAGACUCCGCCAAUUAUGACUGAGGACAUGUUAGAGGAACGGGAACACGCACUGGUAGCUCUAGAGAACUCUCCUAGUGGUAAAGCUGCCCGAAUUCGCUUACAAAGUGAUAUUCUAGCUUCAGAUAUGGCUGCUUUUAAGGCGGCAAAUCCAGGUGCUGUGCUAGAAGACUUUGUAAGGUGGCACUCUCCUCGAGAUUGGAUUGACGACGACGGCUCGGAUUCAAAGACUAAGAAAGCUAAAGGAAAGCUUUCGAGACGAAUGGGAGAACCGGGUAAUGUAUGGGCGCAAAUAUGGGAGACUGCAGAGCCAACUCCUGCGUCGGAGCAAAGGCCAAUUUUUGACUUCACAAGGGAGGGAGAGAAGGUUCUUCAUUACCUUGAAACGCUGAAGCCUCAUCAGCUUUUAGCACAUAUUGUAUCCACUGCUUUCGUCGCUGCCACGGACGUGCUGUGGAGAACUCCCGGAUGCAAACUCCAGCCUGUGGUUGAACGUUUUGACGAGUUCUACGCGAUAAUGGCAGCGGCCUUAGCACCUCUCGGAAGCCUUUCCAUCCCAGACAAGGACGCGCAGCACCACAUUAGCGAAUGGGAGCGAGACUUAAAGCAACUGUGUGCUGCGUUCGAGAAACUCGAGGAUGCGGUUGCGGAAGCUGCGUCGUUGCGUCAAAAGCUACCAGAGGCGUCGGAGUCGCUGCUGAGUUCGAUCUUUCGCUGCACAGAGGGAGUAGCAUCAUCAUCGGCGCCCUUGCUCUCAUACAGGGACCGAGAGAUGGUAGCGGAGAAGCUGUUUAGCUCGCAGAGCGUGAGCGAGACGUGGGAGGAGAGCUUGCGAAUGGGCAACUUCUUAAACGGGCACGAGCCCCUCUACAGGGACGUGCUCCUGACUUGCUACGAGAAGGAAGCUGUCUAUGGCGGCGGCGGUGGCGGUGGCGGUGGCAGCAAGAACAAGACCAAGAGGAGCUCCAGCUCCAGCUCCUCGGCCCCAAAACGAGGCUGCUCUCAUCGAAUGUUUGCGUGUGGAACGGCGGACGAUUUGCAAAUCGCCCUGUCCUCCACUUCCCACGACUAAAACAUUACGAAGCUUGUGAAUACUGUCGUACUAAGAUGAAAACGAAAAAGUAAAGAAAUACCCACCUGCUUUUAACAGUUGUGGUCACAGUU